CAGCAGAGACAUAAGCUCUACAUCGGACUUCGUGAUGCCGGUAGAAGAGACCAUCGGGCAGAAGAGACCGUAUCCUGGUCUGCGGUAUGGCGCCCCUCCCGCUAAACGCGCGCCCACCAUACGCCUCGGGGCUGGCUUCAAGUGGAACCUACAGGCACUCGCCCAAGCAGCCAACGCGGUGGAAACCGGUGGCAAGUCGCCAGUGUCAGCCCUGAACGAGCUAGGGGUCAAGGUCACGUACAGCGUGCUGCGACAGGGUGGCCCUGCGCAUUGUCCAAGCUUCACUGUCGCUGUUACGGUGAGUGACGCAGCUAUCGCGGUUGAGGUAAGUCAGUGGUAA